AUGGUCAGUAGCGUGAGAAAAGCGACUGGUGCGGGGAAGACAGAGGAAAGCGAUCCAGAGAGGGAAAAAAGGCCAGAUGCCAUAUUACCGGCAUUUCCACCUACAACAAUUCAAAAGACCAGUUUUGGUAGCUUUCUCCUCCUUAUGACUACAUGGAUUGCGUGCCACAUUCCGAGCUUAAAGAACAAGAUGAUUUUCACCGAAAAUAACAAUUCUGGUGUUGGAAGGAUCUUAAGAAUGUCAGGCGUAGCAACCGCAAAACGCUUUGGCCCUGAUUCGAAAAUCAUAGAUGAAAUGUUAGAUUCCCUGGUGAAGAGUGGAAAUAUGCUUCCUUCUGCAACUACCAAUGUCUGCGAAGGCUUUUGA